AUGGUUGCCCAAUUUUUGUUCAACUUUUGCAAAGUUGUUCCUUUGUGCUUAUUCCGCAGAAAGAUUCCUGAACCAUUUGCCAGUGGCCAAUCUGUGUUCAAUCCUCUUUUUGCCCAGCUGCUGUUUGUUCUUGCGAGCGCCCGUGCUUUACAGAUGGCUCGUCUUGCCUGUGAGACACAAGGUGAGCCGACUGGCCUGAGCUUAAGUCAAUGCCAGACCUUGGCCACGGGUGAAUUUCAGGUACAGUCCAAAGAAUCUUUGCCCAAAGAUUCCCUCGCAGUUCUGUUUCCUUUGAUGACCUUGCCAGACAGCCUGAUCCUCACCUAUGGGUCCCUCCAGCGGGCCACACUGCCGGAGGUUGGCCCGGUGGUGCUGAUGCUCGGAAAGUCGUCGUCUACUGAGAAGCAACACGGGAUCCUCUUCCAGGCUGCUUUCAUUCGAGCGGAAGAGAUGGCCGCUAAAGCCAUUUUCAAGGACCAAUUCGUGACGGACGGUUUAGAGCACUCCCAGCACACGUCCAUCAUCUACGGGAUGGUUGAUGGAAAGCUGGUGAUACGGCGGGUCCUUAUCAUGAAAGUUUGCCCUGAGAAAUUUGCCUUGCUGGACCACGCCUGCAGCGAACAGCUUGAGGACGCCUUUCAACCCCCCUGA